AUGUCAUCGAGCCUCAGUAAACGUUGCUUCGUGACCGUAGGUGCAACAGCCUCAUUUACAAGCCUGAUUCGUGCUGUUUUGGAGCCCGCCUUUCUCGAAACUCUUCAUGCCCAGAAAUAUACAGAAUUACGCAUACAGUAUGGCAAAGAUGGCAAGAAGAUCUUCGAAGACUACAUCUGGGUGCUUCCCGAUGAUCUGAAGCAAAAGGUCCAGAUUGAAAUUACCGGCUUUGAUUUUAGGAAGGACGGUCUCAGGGAAGAAAUGCUGGCUGCCAGAAAGGGCGGAGGGCAACAGGGCGCUGAGGGCUGUGUAAUAAGCCAUGCUGGCUCAGGUUCCAUCCUCGACGCGCUGCGGAUAGAGGUGCCCAUUAUUGUGGUUCCGAACACAGAUUUAUUGGACAACCACCAACUAGAAUUGGCCGAAGCACUGGCAGAGCAAAAUUAUGUGGUCCACGGAAACUUGAAGUAA